CGUCCUCCUCACCCUGUCUCCACCGCUGAGACAGAUGCUACGUCCACCAGUUUGCUUCGAUUCAUCACUGGCAGGGUGCGACAGAUUCAUUGCCACAGCGGAGUGCAUCGGGAGAUUUUUCACAUUUUUUUUUUUUUUAAUCUCGUGGUAUGGCGGUGAAGAAGAGAGCGGUGGAUCGGGAGACUCUGGGUAUGAGUUUGAGCUUCAGGAGUUGAGGUUUACGAAUUCUUCAAUACGUCGUCAUUUUCGCUUCAUUGGCUUUCAGGUUUCCAGAUUGCUGAGUGGUUUGUAUCUCCGCGUACGUGAAUUUUGGAGCUUUAACCUAAUAAGUGUACAACUUAUAGGAGAUUGAGAAUUUGGGGUUUUUGCAAGUUUCUUAAUGCAUACUUCGUCUAGGGUUUCCAUUUCUGAUUUCUCGUGCACGCAUUCUCUUCUUUAGAUUGAGUUUUAGAGCGUUGCGGUUGUGGCUUCAUUAUCAGUCACUGUUUCUGUAUUGCUCGAUUACAUUAUUUUGAAGUAUUUGCGGGUUAUUAAGAUCGAUUCUUGGGCUAGUUUAGCGGGUACGGUCUGCGAGUGCAUUUCCACCAGGGAAUCAUGGUGCUUCGGAGUCGUGGGGUUAGUUCACUAUUAAGGGCCGUGGAUGCUGCCGCUAGGCGUCGGAGGUAUGUGCCAUCGCCGGCGUUGCGAAGUGUUUAUUCCUCUAGCAAAAUCCUGGAUGAAGGUACACUAAAACCCCGGGGUUUUGGAAGGAAUGUCUCGAACUUUUCCACGAUUAGCGAACCUGUCCUAGUAACUGUUCCGGAGGUACCUGCAGCGUGGCGAACGUUCCCUGCCAGUGGCCAUGUUUUUCAAGAAGAGGCGGAAGUGGGAAAUAUGAAGAUGAGCUUUGAGACAGGGAAGCUGGCCCGAUUUGCGUCAGGGGCUGUUGUGGUUGGAGUUGGUGAGACGAAAGUUUUGGUUACAGUGGUGGCCGAUUACAAGUUUGAUGGAGGCAAGGACUUUCUGCCCUUGCAAGUAGAAUACCGUGAGAAGCAAUAUGCUCAGGGAAAAAUUCCGGCCACCUUUAUGAGGCGUGAAGGUGCGCCCAAAGAAAGAGAGCUUCUGUGUGGUCGUCUCAUAGACAGGUCGGUUCGUCCACUUUUCCCUAAGGGUUUUUUCUAUGAUUCUCAGAUCAUAGCAAAUGUGCUAUGUUCGGAUGGUGACCAGGACCCUGAUGUCCUUGCUGUCAAUGCAGCCUCAGCAGCUCUAGUGAUCUCAGACAUUCCUUGGAAAGGUCCAAUCGGUUGUGUGCGAAUUGGUAGAGUGAAGGGAAAAUUCAUCGUCAAUCCGAACAUGGAUGAAUUUAGUUUGAGUGACUUGAAUCUGGUAUAUGCAUGCACAGCAGAGAAAACUGUGAUGAUUGAGACGCAGGCUCGUGAGAUUACAAACCAGGAUUAUGUAGCCGCUCUGCAUUUGGCUCAUGCCGAGGCUACUAAGUUGAUCCCACCGCAAUUAGAGUUGGCUGCUAAAGUAGCUGUGCUGAAGCGGCCUCUGCCAGUACUCACUGUUCCACCUGAAGUAUUAGAAAAGGUCAGAUCUCUUGCAAAGAUUGCUAUUGAGGCUGUGAUGGGCAAUCCUCAAUUUGGCAAAUUUGAGCGCGGACAAACUUUGGGAGCGAUAGAAGAGGAGGUGAAGAACAGAUUGAUCUCCGAAGGUGACGAGGUAUCUGUAAAGCUUUUGCCGUAUGCAUUUGAUGCAGUGAAGAAAGAGGUGCUGCGGCGGAACAUCUUUGAGAAAGGUAUGAGAGUGGAUGGGCGGGGUCUUAACCAAGUGCGCGAAUUGCAGUGCGAGGCUGGAACGUAUCCGGCCCUUCAUGGAUCCUCCGUAUUCUCUAGAGGCAACACACAGGUUCUGUGCACAGUCACCAUAGGUGCUCCUGACGAUGCCCAACGUUUAGAUUCUCUUGUCGGAAUUGAUCGAAAACGAUUCAUGGUCCAUUAUAGUUUUCCUCCCUUUUCUAUUAACGAGGUCGGGCGUACAGGAGGCCUAAACCGACGAGAAGUUGGCCAUGGUACACUAGCAGAGAAAGCAUUGGUUGCGUUGCUGCCACCAGAGGAAGACUUCCCAUACAGUGUUCGUGUCACUUCUGAGUGUCUGGCAUCGGAUGGGUCAUCUUCCAUGGCCACGGUCUGUGGUGGAAGUCUGGCAUUGAUGGAUGCAGGUAUUCCAUUGCGCUCACAUGUGGGUGCUGUCUCAGUUGGCCUGGUGAGCGUCAGUGAUCCUGAAACUGGGCGCGUAACGGAGUAUCGAAUUCUCACCGAUAUUUUAGGGUUAGAAGAUCACCUUGGUGAUAUGGAUUUCAAAAUUGCUGGUACUAAGAAAGGUAUCACAGCCAUUCAGCUUGAUAUCAAACCUGCGGGCAUUCCACUGCACAUCCUAUGUGAGGCGCUGGAGCCUGCAUUAGUCGGUCGAACACAGAUCUUGGAUUUCAUGGAACAGGUCAUUAGUAGCCCUCGGGAUUCUACUGCCCGAGAGAAUUUGCCGCGCAGUGGAACAAUGAACAUACAACAGGACAGUAUCGGGCGCUUGAUAGGACCUCAGGGUUCAAACAUCAAGAAUAUUCAGAAAGUUUCUGACGCACGUAUAAACAUAUCGGGAGAUGGAGUUGUGACGAUUUUUGCAAGAGAUCAGGCCUCGUUUGAUCUGGCAAAGCAGAUGGUUGAAGCAUCAGUAGGGAAGGAAGUGGAGGUGGGGGGCACCUAUUCAGCUAGAGUGGUGGCAAUCAAGGACUUUGGGGCUUUCAUGGAACUUAAUGGAGGUUAUCAGGGUUUGCUUCAUAUCUCAGAAAUCGCACAUGAGCGCAUUGAACGCGUAUCAGACUAUCUUUCCAUUGGACAAGAGUUGUCCGUUGUCUGUAUUGGUCGUGACCUGCGUGGCAAUCUAAAGCUGUCUCGGAAAAUGACUUUACCCUUAGUUGUGCCAGAAAAUGCCACUCAGCCACCGAUUCCUGAAUCUACAGUCCCGAGGGCACAAGCUUCUAAAAUCAAGCAGAAUGUGACCGGGUCAUAAUUUCUCGUUUCAUUUGCCUUAAGCAUCAUUAAGACACGGGUGGUUGAUUCGCUGGAUGCCAACACCUAGGUUGCCAGAUCUGGGCCUUUAAAUCCUGAGAUGGAUAAUGGACAUCCAUGUUCAAGCGUGUCUCUUGCAGGUCAGGAAUUUGAAAAGGAGUCCUGGAGACGUUUUAGGGUUGCAUGAGCACUUCCAGCAAGUGUGCUCCAACCUUCUGGUUUUUAAGGACCAUGGUUGCAAAGCUAAUUUGAACGACAUUCAUCUGAAGACAAGUGUGAUAUCAGAUUGGUUUACGGCAAUCCAAUUUAGAAAUUUAAACUCGUUUCCCAGCACAAUUCUAUGGUCACUUGGGAUCUACCUAUUGGAGGAAUGUUCCUUGAAGCAAUCUCAUGAUCAGCUGGUUAGUGUUUGGUCUAUGAUGAGCUCGAGUUUAUGUAGCGUAUUAUUUUUGAGGCGGUUGCGGAUGAUGAAAACCUUGUGGUGCUCGCCCUGGGUGUGCGGUAUAGUAAGCGCUGAAAAAAGACAUGUAAUUGACGUGUCAAGUUAGGGGAUGAUGAAAAUGAGUGCAACCACUGGGGUAAACAGUGGUGCACAACAGGCUUCGUUUGACUUGAAUAUUUUUGCAAUCCUUUGUUGUGUGGAA